GAAAGUUCUAAAAUUUCAAUAUAACUUUUCUCUUUUUCCAAAUAUAACGUCCAAAAAGAGCGUCAAAGCACAAGAGCUAGCUUAUUUGUUUUUCUAUGCUAUGUUGUAGGUCGAAACAUAAGGCGGACGAUACGCUAGUUUCAGAGAUGAUGCGUGUUGUAAUAAAAAAUCAAGUUUUCGAAGUCUCCCCACGUUACACUGAUCUAAAUUACAUUGGGGAAGGUGCAUAUGGCAUGGUGGUUGGUGCAUAUGAUACAGUGAGGGGUGAAAAAGUCGCCAUUAAGAAGACCUCACCAUUCGAACAUCAGACCUUUUGUCAGCGAACGUAUCGAGAGCUGAAAAUUCUUUUGGGAUUCUCUCAUGAAAAUAUAAUCGAUAUCAAAAAUAUCCUACUGGUUGGAAAUACGUUAGAAGACAUGAAAGAUGUUUAUAUCAUUCAAACGCUAAUGGAUACUGACCUGUACAAGUUGUUGAAAACACAAGAAUUAUCAGGAGAGCAUACUUGUUAUUUUUUGUAUCAAGUACUUCGAGGUCUUAAGUAUAUCCAUUCUGCGAAUGUUUUACAUCGUGAUUUAAAGCCCUCCAAUCUCCUGUUAAACGCUAGCUGUGAUUUAAAGAUCUGUGAUUUUGGAUUAGCUCGAGUCAAUGAUCCUGAGCAUGAUCAUAUGGGUAUGCUAACAGAGUAUGUUGCAACACGAUGGUAUAGAGCGCCAGAAAUUAUGCUCAGUUCAAAAAGUUAUACAAAAGCAAUCGAUAUAUGGUCUGUGGGUUGUAUUUUUGGCGAGAUGUUAAAUCGUCGACCAUUAUUCCCUGGAAAACAUUAUGUUGAACAGUUAACCCUUAUCCUCGGAGUCUUAGGAUCACCGAGUAAGGAGGAUCAAGUAUGGAUUGUAAAUGACAAGGCUCGAAGUUUUGUUGAAAAGUUUAAAAAUAAUCCUAGAAAAGCUUGGAAAGAUUUAUAUCCUAAAGCUGAUGCUAAAACAAUCGAUCUACUGGAUCGCUUACUCACAUUCAAUCCAACGACACGUAUUUCUGUCGAAGAAGCAUUAGCUCAUCCUUAUUUUGAGCAUUAUUAUGAUCCAAGUGACGAGCCUGUCGCUAAAAAACCUUUCAGUUUUGAAGAAGAAUUGGACAAUCUGCCGGUUAGACAAUUGAAGAAAAAAAUAUUCCAAGAAGUUAGUCAAUUUCGUGAACCAGAUUGAUUAGUUGAUUAGUCUCCUGCGAUGGCGAUGACAACGAGCACUUCUACUACUACUGCGAUUAUUACUAUUAUUAUUAUUUUUAUUCUGUAAUCAUUUCCCCUAACUCCCCCCGUUCCACAUUUAUCCAGAUGGUUUAUUUGAGUAAUGUCUUUUUUUAAUUUAAAAAAUUGUUUUCAAACAUUCCAUUAGUAGUGUUUUAUCUUUAGACUAUGGUGGAUGGAUGGACGGUAAGGUUGUAGGAAUGGUUGUUGUUCUUUUUCUUCGAAUUCUUGUGUCUCCUCUGCGUGUGUGUGUGGCAUGGCCUCUACCCCUCCCCUCAUUCUCUCUGACUGUCUUCUUCGCCAAUCUUUCCUGAUUCUCUUCUUUUGUUUUGUUGUGUCUACUCUCAACUCAACUGUGAGACUAUCAUGCUGUUUAUGCUUUCCUUCGAUUUAUUUGCCUAACUAACUAACUAACUAACUAACUCUCAUCCUAAUUCCUAUUGAUAUGGUACUUGAUACGCAGAGAUAAUUGCAGGAAUUGUGCCUUAAUUAUCCAGUAAUAAACAUUCGUACACACACACACAUUUCAACGACUCCUACUAUUUCUCCGAUGGAUGACAACCUCUUCAGGUGUGAGGUACACUUGUUGUUGUCCUCUUGCAAACACAGUCAUGAAGUGUUCUCAAACUGUUUGUGAAGGAUAUGACUACGUUAUAUAAUAUAUAAGGCGGUGUACAUUCUCAAUAUUAUUAUUAUUAUUAUUAUUAUUACUAUUAUUAUGAAUAUACACAUAUAUAAUAUCUGUGCUCUCCUUAUUGUAACCGUUGAAGAGGUGACAAGAAAAUGAGUGCCAUUGUUGUUUUCUUUGUAUAAAAGACAUUAUUGCUGUUGUCGUUGCCGUUGUUGCUCAGUGUUUGUGUGUGUGAGUGUGCGCCCUGUGUACAUUUCAGCGUUUAUAUAUACCUACACCUACCUACCUACCUACCUUAUAUACCUAUCUAUCUAUCUAUAUCUUUACUUUUCUGUGUACAUUGGGUCCAUCCAUUCGUAUCUAUCGCUAUUUCCUGUUGUUCUUCUUCUCCUAUGUUCCUUUGUCCUGUUACCAUCUGUCUUUCGUUUCUCUCAAUGCGUCUAUGUGCGUGUGUGAGUGUUUGUCUGUCUGUAUGUUUGUCUGUCUGUCUUGUAAUGAUGUGUGUCCAUCAUUGUUGUGAAUAAUUGCAUAUUUAAGACUUUUCUAUAUUCCACACGCACAUAUAUAUAUAAUAUUGUAUUAUCACUAGUGUCUCUGUUAAAGUUUACAUUUUUAUCGAUUACCUAUAAUAAUUAUUAUUAUCAUUAUCAUAAUCGUCGGUAUUACAAUCAUUCGUUUUUGUGCUGCUGUUUUUUUGGUUUCAUUGACUCGCCAGACUGCCUUUUGUUUUGUGCUGUUCUCUCCCCCUUCUUCUUCUCGUUUACAAAUCUCUCCUUUAUCAAUAUUUCGAUAAUUGUUUCAGAAUAGAUUUUUUAUCAAUAUCAACAUUAUUAUUAUUAUUAUCAUUAUUAUUAUUAUUAUUGUGCGUGUACAUGUGGUGAUAAUUGCGUAGUCCUACACUUUGAACUCUUUGCCACACUACCCCACCGCCCAAGUGUAUUCUGUAUUCUGUACGAAAACGUAAAAACGAAGAACAUCAAGGAGAAGGUAGUGAGGUUUCUUCUGUGUCAUAACUCUUGUGUUUACUUGACAUGACAUGUCGAUGUCGACGUUGGAAAGGGUACAGUAAAUUCUAGUUAUAUCACUUAUCGAUUAUGAUGUGCAACAGAACAACUUGAUGUGAAUGUGUAUCCAUGUAAAUUUAUUGUCCUUCUCUGUACUAAUUCACUUGUGUUACUUCCUUAUCUUGUGUGUGUGUAUGUGUGGGUGGAUGGAUGAGUAGUUUGAUUACGUAAUUGUUACUUUUAUUCCGGCAUCAUUACUUUGUUGUGACACACAGUAAAAGAGUGAUUUCUGAUUGAAAGCGCGCGCGCACAAAGAUAAACAAACACGUUCUUACGUAAUCCUAUGAGCACUGUUACUAUUCACGCUACAAUAAUAAUGAUGAUAAUAUUAUUUGUCUUCCCUUUAAGAAUUUGUGUGUGUGUGGAAGUGUAUAUAUAACCAUGCCUACCACACAGAGUUUUCUGGGGGGCGGGUUGUCUUGUUGUUUGUUUUUUCAAUUUUUAUUGUUGUUGUGACAUUGCUUUUAAACACAAACCAUUUUUUUCCGUAUCACAGUGUCUUGUGAGAACUAUUCACUAUUUAUUAUUAUUAUUAUUAUUAUUAUUAUGACUGAUCUUAAUGAGAGUUUCCUCAUAUUGUGUAUUGAUGCUUGUGUGCGUAUGCGUGUGCCUGUGUUUGUGAUUCAGUAUAUCAUUUGUAUGUAAAGAGAAUAUAUCUAUAUAUAUAUUUAAUAAAAAUUUUCUUUCGAA